AGGAACGCCUGGCAUUAUUCUGAUGGCAAAGGGAAGAAGAAGUCUGGAUUUCUGUUUCAUUAAAUUGUUACAUGGUGAAAGUUUACUGCAAUGUUGAAAUUUCUACUUCUUGUUAAUAAGCAAGGACAUACACGCGUUUCACAAUACUACGAACACUUGGAUCUGGAAGAAAGAACGAAUAUGGAAGCUGAGAUAACGCGAAAAUGUUUGGCAAGGAGUGACGACCAGGUUAAAAAAGCAUCUUCUCUUAAGAAACUCAGGAAAAAAUAUUUUUAAUACUCUCUGUACUCACGAGUAUGAGUAUUUAUUUGAAUAUAUUUGACAUACCCUUGGUUUCAAUUUUUUUCUGAUCAAACUUUUAUUUUGCUUCGUUUUAUCGGGUGAUAACUGAUGAUCAGCGGUCAGGUAAAAUUUGAAUCCUUAUUUUCCUCAACAGUGUCCUUUUAUGGAAUUCAAGAAUUUCAAGGUUGUCUACAGGAGAUAUGCCUCACUACUCUUCAUAGUUGGUGUUGAUUCAGAUGAGGUAGGUUUCUUUAUUCACAUUUAACCUUAGUUCAAUAUUUAGAAUUUUUACUGAUAUAUGCAAUUAAGUGACCAUGCUAAUUGUAACCUAGCUGUAAUUAUUGAUUUUUAUUUUGAAUUCACUUUGAAAUUCCCUCCCUGCAUAUGCUAACCAAAUAUAUAAGUUCUGAUAGUACAAAAAUGAUAAGGCACUUCAAGUGUAAGAAUUAAACCUCUCACCAAUCAGUCCAAUCACACUGUGUGAACACAAAAUACUAAAGCUUUUGCAAAGUUGGGGUCUCCAUACAUAAACCGAAGUAAUGUUCUUUUUGUGGUUGAUUUUUACUGAUUCACCCCAAAUAACCUUUGCUUGUGUCACCUGUUUUUUGUUUCGUAAGGUAUUAGCUAUAAAGCUUUCUUACUUCUAGGGUGAACUUAUUUAAUUUUCAAUUCAGACUCUAGGAGAUAACAUUUGAACCAAAUUUCUCUUUGCAGAAUGAAUUGUCAAUACUCGAGUUCAUUCAUAACUUUGUAGAGACUUUGGAUCGGUAUUUUUCUAAUGUGGUGAGUUUCAAGAUACUUUUAUUUUAGCAGUUUAACCCUUUAACUUCCAUGAGUGACCAAGGCACAAUUUCUCCUCACAAUAUCAAUACAAUAUCAAGCAGACAAGUGAUGAGAAUAAAGGAAAAUAGAAAUUUAGGGAAUAUAAGUUGAUCCAAUACCAAAUUCUCCAAACUAACAUCACCAGAACUGUAUGGCAGACAGUAAGGAGAAUUACUAAUGAGAUCUUGGGAGUGAAAGGGUUGAAGUUUUCCCUUCUAGUGAACGUUUUUUAUUUUAAAGGACAUAGCAACAAUGACAAAGUACAAAACUGUGAUCUUAUUAAAACAGCACCGAUGAUACAGGAAAUCUUUGGUCCACACUUCUUAAAAUUAAGUGAAGUGUAUAACUUAAUACAUUGGAUAAUCAAGUCUUUAUGAACUGAGUUGAUAAUGUAAAUUGGCCACUGUAGAGAGUUUCAUAAGCUGAUGUUUCAAGCAUUAGCCCCUUGUGAGAGCAAAGGACAAACACUCCAAACAACUGUAACUCCCUAACUCUCGAAGGGCCAAUGCCUGAAACAUCCUUUAGAUACUCUUUAUGGUGGCCAAUUUACAUCUCUUUUAUUAUCAGGUCAAUUGAUAAAACUAUGUUUUCUUGUUAUACCCCUUGCCAAUACAGUACUGCAGUAUAUUUAGAAACUUAUCCCCUUUAUUUACUUAACCCUUAAACUCCCAAGAUCUGAUUGUUAAUUCUCCCCUCUAGCUGCUACAUAUAUCCUUGUAAAUCAGGUAUGAGAAUUUGGUGUAAGAUCAAGAUAACAACUUCUACCUGAUAAGUUUGGGUAUUCUCAUCACCCGUUUGCUGGAUAAUGUAAAGAUAUUAUAGGGAGAAGUUAGAUGUUAAUCACUUCUAGGAGUUUAAGGGUUAAAGAAGUAACAUGAAUCUCUCUCUUUGUUUAUUUUCAGUGUGAAUUGGAUGUAUCCUUGUUAUUAGUGUUUUUAACCCUUUGCACCCGGACAUUAGCAUGCAUAUCUAUUUUCCAUACUGCUCUCUCUACAUCUUGUAAGGUGCUGACAAGGAGAAUUUGUUUAACAAUCAAGAGCUCCUUCAGUCAGUGAUCACUUCUGUUAUUCUCGUGACCUUAAGGGGUGUGGUUUAGGAGUGUAGGGAGAAAUUAAAUGCUAAUCACUAGCAUUUAUUUCUAUGUAAAGAAGACAAAUAUACCCAGUGGCUGGUAUAUCAUAUUGAAAUAUCUAAUAAAACUAAUCCAAAAUGCAUAUUCAAUAUUAAUAAUUAUUACAAUUAUUAUUCACUAUUAAUAAUUGUUAUACACCCUUGAUUUCCUUAGUUUCCCUUGCUCCUAAUACUGUAUGUUGUGAUAGGCCAAUUAUUGAUCACAUGACUUAUAAUAUGUGUGAUUAAUAAUCAUGAUGGAUGUUUGAUCCUCUCAGGAUGAAACAUUGAUCAUGAUAAACACGGUCACCAUCAUUAUCAUCAGUAUCAUUAUUAUCUGUUCUAAACACACAAGCAAGGUACUAAUGAACUCCUUUGUCUCCAGCCAAGACUCUUCUUUGCCUUUUCCUUGAUUGUACCUUAAAUCUUUAGAUUAUGUUCAACCUGGAUAAAGUACACAUGAUCUUGGAUGAAAUGAUCAUGAAUGGAGAGAUAUUGGAGACAAAUAAGAACAGAAUACUUGCACCUGUUUCUGUAUUAGACAAUUCAAACAGCUGAUCUGUUGGGAUUUGAAGAUUUUGUCCUUGGAACCUUUGCAAUAAGAGCAUCAUCUUGUCAAUGAAAUGAUCAUAGAUCAAGGGAUAAUGGAUAGGUGUCCUGAAAACAAAAACCUGAGAAGCUGUGAUCCUGAAAGUUAGUGCUCUUUAUCUCAUCAUAAUUUGAUAUGAAUCAUUUACUCAGAACUCAGUGCAGAUGUGUGAUUAUAUAAGAGUCACAUGGGAUACAGUUAUAAAUAUUAUUCCGAGAAUUGUCUUAUAUUUGUUCCUUCAGCUGGCUCAAUUAGAUAACUGCAUGCAUAUGGAAGUACUUAUUGUAUAUUUGUGAUAAGUUUUGCUGUUACAGUUCAGUUCUUGGCUUGUUAUUAAAACAAUUUCUGGACACUUUUUUGUGU